AUGAUUUUAGUGAGUACAGAAGGUAAGAUGCCUCCGAAAAGUAACGUAUGGAAAUAUUUUGAUAAAACAAAUAAGGAAUACUCCAUUUGUAAUUUGUGUAAUAAGAAAAUUAAGACUUGUGGAAACACGUCAAAUCUAAGAUGUCACAUUAAAUCUAUACAUAAUCAAGAAUUAUUUAAAGUGCAAUCUCCUCCUCAGGAUGUUGGCGAUCAACAAAGCCGUCAAAGUGACAGUGAAUCUGCUGUUACUGCUGAUAGUAGCAGUGUAGUAUCUAGAUCUAGUUUUUGCUCUUUAGCCUCAACCUCAAGUACAACUGAUAAUCUUGAAAUCGAUCCUGAUGAAAAUACUAAUUUAAUAUGCAGUGAAAUGAGUAAAGAAGGAAGUAAAAGAAAAGCGAAAUUGCAGAGUUUUAAGCGACAGUGCACAGUAAAGGAAACUUUUGCGAAUUUCUCGUCUUAUAGAGAGGGAGGAAAUAAAUAUAAUAAAAUUACAAAUAAUAUAUUAUAUAUGAUUUGUUGUGAUUACCAACCAAUGUCAUUUGUAGAAGACACUGGAUUUCAAAAACUUAUGAGAACCACCGCUCACGAAUAUAAAAUUCCUUCGAGAAAAACAAUAGACAAUCUACUAGAAAAAAAAUAUGAAGCUACAAGUACCCUAUAUAGAGACAAAAUUGCACUUUUGAAUUAUUACUCCCUCACAACCGAUAUUUGGACAGAGACCAGAAACACUAAAAGCUUUCUAGGUGUAACUCUUCAUUUUUGCGAAGACAUUAAGCUCUACACAGCAACCAUAGUAAUUGUAGAGUUAGAGGAACGUCAUACCGGAGAAUAUAUUGCAGAAGCUUUAAACAAUGUUUGUCAACAAUGGAGAAUUUCAUCUGAACGUGUUUCAGCUGUAGUAACAGAUGGGGCUGCAAAUAUGUGCAAGGCCAUAGACAUUGCAUUUGGCAAAAAGAAGCAUUUACACUGCUUUGCUCAUCAGUUAAAUUUAGUUGCAGAAAAGUCAAUAAAAUCUGUAGAAGAACUGGAAAUCUUAAUUAGCAAAAUAAAAAGCAUUGUUACAUUCUUUGAGCAAAGUGUGCAUGCUAGCGAUGAGCUUCGUAAAGCUCAAAAGGAAGAAAAUGAAUUUUAA